GUGGUGAAAAUCAUGAGAGAACAUGUUGUUCGUCUUCAAAUCCUCUGCUAAUGGUGCCCUUAUCAUAUUUGUGUCCGUCUUGGGGUUGCUGUGUUUAUCAGGAGAAGCUGUUCCUGUCCUCGUAAAAAACUGUACAAACGAAAACCAUUUCCAAUACAGCAGCAGAUUCGAAGCAAAUUUAGACUUGCUUCUAUCUAAUCUCGUCUCCAGCGCCUCCGGCGGUUUUUCGAGCAGCACCAAGGGUAAUGGUUCCGUCAGCGUCAGUGGAUUUUUUUUCUGCCGCGACGGAGCCAUCCCCGCCGUAUGCCGAGAGUGCGUGGCCACGGCAGCCAAAGAGAUAACACGCCUGUGCCCGAACCAGACAGAAUCCACAAUCUGGUACGACGAGUGUCUCCUUCGUUACUCGAACCAAUCCAUCAGCGACCGCCCUUUGGUGAGCGUGUGGCACAAUAGCAUGGACAGUGACGAACAAGCUCUGAUGGAUAAAGUGUUGCCGAGUAUGUUAGAUACUUUGGUCGCGACAGCUAUUUCCCCAAAUCGGAAUAACUUCGCGGUAGUGAACUCGCCAUCAUCAUCGGAAAACUUCUCGGCCAGUGUGCAGUGUGUUGCAGACAUGUCGGCUUCUCAAUGUUCUCAAUGUUUACAAAACGCCGUGGUAUUUCUCCCGACCUGCUGUAGAGGGGAAAAGAACGCAUCGGUCAUGCUUCAGAAAUGUAGUGUUAAAUACGAUCUUCAUGGAUUUGAUACACCAACCACACCGAUACUGCCUCCUCCUUCACCUUCAGGAAAUUACCGAAAUGGCCAAUUUAAAGUGAAAAAGAUUAUUGUGAUUGUCGUUCCUAUUGGUUUUUCGGGGAUUCUGCUGUGUCUGGUAUGCUACUUCUUUCGGAGAAGAAAGAGGAAGAAUUACAAGACGGUUCUCAGAGAAAACUUUGGAAUUGAAAGCAGCUCUCUAGAAUAUUUGCAAUUCGAUCUUGCCACAAUCGAAGCUGCCACAAGUAAUUUCUCACAAAAGAACAGAAUUGGGAAGGGUGGAUUUGGAGAAGUUUACAAGGGAGUUCUUUUUGAUGGGCGAGAAAUAGCUAUCAAAAGACUCUCAAGAAGAUCUGGGCAAGGAGCACUGGAAUUCAAAAAUGAAAUCUUAUUAAUAGCCAAACUUCAGCAUAGAAAUUUAGUAACACUGUUGGGAUUUUGUUUAGAAGAGCAAGAGAAAAUACUCAUUUAUGAAUAUGUACCUAACAAGAGCCUGGAUUACUUUUUAUUUGGCACUCAAAAGAAAAGCGUAUUAGAUUGGCUAACACGAUAUAAGAUUAUUGAAGGAAUUGCUCAAGAAAUUCUUUAUCUUCACAAAUAUUCUCGUCUCAAAAUUAUAUAUCGUGAUCUUAAACCAAGUAAUAUUUUAUUGGAUUACAACAUGAAUCCAAAAAUAUCUGACUUUGGUAUGGCUAAAAUUGUUGGUAUAGAUGAAAUCCAAGGAAGUACAAAUAGAGUUGUUGGAACAUUUGGUUAUAUGCCUCCUGAAUAUAUAAUGUUUGGACAAUUUUCUAAAAAGUUAGAUAUUUUUAGUUUUGGUGUUAUAGUCUUGGAAAUCAUUAGCGGCAAGAAGAAUGCCACUAGUUAUGAAGCUCAACAUGUUUAUGGCCUCCUAGAUUAUGUUUCGAAGCAAUGGAAGGAUGAAAACUUGUUGGAGAUUAUGGAUUCAAGUGUGGCAGAAGUUGGUUCACAAAGUGAAGUAAUUAGAUGCAUCCAUAUUGGUUUGUUAUGUGUUCAAGAAAAUCCAGAUGAGAGGCCUCCAAUAGCCACAGUUGUUUCAUAUCUUAAUAAUGAUUCAAUUGCAUUGCCGUAUCCUAGAGAACCAGCAUUCUCCAUGCAUGGUCGAAUGAGAAAUGAAUCAGGUCCCAGUCAACACACCAGUAAUUCUACACUCUGCUCUGUCAAUCAAAUGUCCGUCACUAAUUUCUUUCCUCGCUAGUAUUUAAUUAUUGUCAACCAAAUGUCCAGAACACAUAUAAUGUUUACUAACAUCUUUGGAUGAUUUUUUUUUUCUUUUUCGUGGCAAUUGUUGAUGCAACAAGCAUUUGAAAACUUGCAUGAAGUGUAUAUAUUUUUCAUACAAGAAGGUGCAGUUCUCGUACACCUUGAUUUGACAUUGCAUUA